AUUGUGUCGUCGAUCACGACAAUUGCUGUCAAUCUACAUAAGCUGAUGAGGGGAGUGCCAUAUUUUGCCAGAAGGGACAUCCUAAGGUGCGUCCAUUGUAUACCGACCGAUGUAUGAGGAUUCUUCAUUCCAGCAAGAUGAGUCAAACAGUAAAGUUCGGAUGGAUUUGGAUUUUAGGUUUUCUGUUUGCAAUAGUUGUCUAUGUUCAGUGUUCUUGCACUGUAACACCCGCCAAAAUUGAGAAAACAUAUACUGGUCGUGUAAGACACUACUGUGUACACAAUGUCACCAAUGGAAAUUCCACCGUCCAGAUUGACCUCUUGCUGGAUUCAAAAUUUGAAACACGUGAUUGUCAAAGAUGCACAUGCACUCGCAUGGGAUUAAGUUGUUGUGGGUAUGGAGUAGCUUCUAACGAACCUAUCCACGUACCAGAAGGCUGUCAUCCAGUGGAAGACGGAUGCCGGAUUGCCUUGAUUUCCAACAUUGAUAAUGUAACGGACUGUUACAGUAUCGGACCACCGGCUGCCGAGCGCCGCCAACAGGAAAUGAUGAGAGAUAUGGCAAGGAGUAUGGCGCACCAACAAUACCCACAGGCAAUGCAGUACUGGAGGGGACUCAAUCCACCCCGAAUUCACCCGAUGGCGGCACUUUUUGGAGCAGGAAGGCGAGGACCAAACGGUCGUCCGGUAGAACAGCCUGAGGGCCUGAUGGAGUCCUUCCUGUUGAUGAGUAUGUUUGGCGGUGGUGGAAUGGGCGGAAGUGGUGGGCCGGGUUCACAGGGCACUGCUUCCCCUGGGGAUCCUAUUGGACAUAUGGGAGACGGAGGGCAAAGUAUGGGCGGACUGGGAUUGGGAUUAGGUGGGAUGGGUGGAUCUUUUAUGGAAUCCCCAUUAGGAAUGAGUCUUCUAUUUUCGUCUUUCAUGAGUUAGAGAAGUGAUAUUUAUUUCCUCAGUCGAUCUGCAUUUUGUUUCAAUUCUGCUGUUGCCAUAUUGUUGUUGUAACCGAGAUUUUCGCAAACUUUCUUAGGCUUAUUCUUUUUAAUCUGAAGUCUUUAACAAUAUUUCAAAUCAGUGAGAUUGUCAAAAUCAGAACUGAAAAUUGGUUACAUAUUUUCUAUGACAUCAAUAUGUUUGU